CUCCUGGUUGGACUUAGACUCAAUUAGCGCCAAAAUGUAUCUCCGUCACAACUCCGAAAGUACCGUUACCUUUUCAUUAUCCAACGGACACGGGUCACUUCAAUCUCCCCCAGAAAAUCACAACCGUGAAAUCAAACCUUCAACCUCAUUCGAUUCAAUUUUCAAAAUCGAGAGAGAGCUGGCACUGCCACACCACACCAGAGUUUCUCCGGCGAACCACAAUAAUUUUGUUUUUUUUAUGCCGAAACUCUCCCUCUCUUAAAGGCCGUUGAUUCCUUGCAAUUCAAAACGCACGAGAAUUUAUGACGCCACUCUGAGGCUGACGACACUCCGUUUCGUUACAACAGACUUCUUCUCUGAAGCCUUUUCAGCGCGUUUCGGGAUCGCAACUCGAAACGGCGAGUCGUUGAGAGCAGUAACACUAACAUUGCAAUUCGAUUUCAAGCCGCUGUGUUGCGAGAUCGAUUUCUGAUCGCUGCCGAAAGAUGGAACAGAGCGAAACGGCGUCGGAUUUAGCUCCAAGGAAAUUGGCUCGCCAAUUGGAUUUCGCGGCCGUUUACGGAGAUCCGUCGCACCAGAAACUGCCUCCACCGUUGCCGCCUCCACAGUCACCGUUGCGUCCGCCGUCGCAUUCUCCGUUGCGAUUGCAGUUGGAUUUGCAGCCGCCGGGGCAACGGCCGUGGUUAUAUUCAGAGGCGCAGGAACAACAGCCGGGGUUGUAUUCACCGCGGCCGAAGCUAGUUUCGCCGGUUAGACGAAUUCCGCACCCCGUGGUGAAGUUUCCGGUGAAGGUGUUGCAAGUGGUAAAGCCAGAGUCUCCCAGAUCACAACCUCGAUGUAAUGUGGAAUUGAAGGACACCACUCCAAAGAAACAGAAACAAUGUAACUGCAAAAAUUCUAGAUGCCUCAAGUUGUACUGUGAGUGCUUUGCAGCUGGGAUCUAUUGUGAUGGCUGCAACUGUGUAAAUUGCCAUAAUAAUGUGGAUAAUGAGGCUGCCAGACAGGAGGCAGUUGGAAUAACAUUGGAACGCAAUCCAAAUGCUUUCAGACCAAAAAUUGCUAGCAGUCCACAAGAACAAAGAGAUUCCAAGGAAUGUGAAAUUAAAGUAAUAGGAAAGCACAAUAAAGGAUGUCACUGCAAGAAAUCAGGCUGCCUUAAGAAGUAUUGUGAGUGCUUCCAAGCCAAUAUCCUCUGCUCUGAAAAUUGUAAAUGCAUGGACUGCAAGAAUUUUGAAGGAAGUGAUGAAAGAAUAGCAAUAUUUCACAAAGAUUACAAUCUAGUUCACAUGAAACAGGCAGCUAAUGCUACCAUUAGUGGAGCUGUUGGAUCAUCUGGCUAUGGAACCCAUAUAACACCCAAGAAGAGAAAAAAUCAGGAAAUGUUUCCUGGAAAGUCAGCCAUGGAUCAAACUGUUAACAUGACUGCUCAAUACCUACAGGAAAUUGAUCCUAUGGCUUCAUCGCCAUCAUCUCUGUCAGAUUCCUUUAUUUCUGACCCUUCCAACACAAGAAUUUCAGGGUCUUCAAGAUCUACAUACCGGUCCGUAUUGGCAGAUGUCCUCAAGCCAAAUAAUGUAAAGAAUCUCUGUUCACUUUUUGUUGUUCUCUCACGAGUAGCUGCAAAGACAAAUGCAGAAAUGAGAGGCAAAGUAGACCAGCAAACAAAAACUGGGAACUUUGAAGCUUCUGUUGCUUCAUCAGCUAAAUCACUGCAAGAAACUAGAGAUGUCCACCAGCCUGCUUGUGAUGAUCAUGUGAAUAAAGAUGAAGCAGAAGCAGUUGAUGUCGCUCAUUAUAAUAGGCCAUUAUCACCUGAAACACUAGCAUUGAUGUGUGAUGAACAGGAUGAUAUGCUUUUUGGAAAUUGUUCUGCAGAUGGAGUUGCAUGCAACAGUACUUUUCAAAACAUGAUUCAAAAGUCAUUUAAUUCUGAUGGAUGCACUGAUGUUUACAGAGAGCAGGAAAGGCUUAUAUUGACCAAGUUCUUGGACAUUCUUCGCGGACUCGUUACUCAUGGCAGCAUCAAAGAAACAAUGUGCUCUUCAUUGACCAAGAAAGGGGAGAGAAGCAAGAAAGAACCUGCAGACAAUGGCAAUAAUGGUGCUGAAACUAACGUUGGGAGUGAGAAGGGAAUUCAAAGCAACUGCUUUGCAAAUUACCUCAUCCCAUCGAUCGCUAAAAUAUCCCAGACAAAUUAUGCCAUAACCAAUGGACAUGGUAAUAAUGAUCUUUCGUUGACCUGAUUGAUAAUGAAACAUGUUGCUGGUGACAGUGUGCAGCCCGGAAUUUCUGCUGCUGAUGUGCAUGUUACAUACAACUGAUACAAGCCCUGUUCUCUGCUGUUAAAUUAGAGCUUGUCUAGAUCUUUAUAUGAUAAUAUAAAUAAGAAUAAAAAAAGAAAAAUAAUAAUAAUAAUAAUAUAUAAGGUACAAAUAGUAAAUUGAGGUUUCCCUUUCAUGAUAAACUUUCCUUCCAUUUUUUUUCCUUUAAUAGGUCUAGUAUUUCCGGCAAUUGCAAUGGCUUCUUUAUUUCUUCAUGUUAAAAAAAACAAGAUUUUUGGAUACAGAAAA